UGGCUGCAUUGUCAUCUUCUGUGGCCUGGUAAGGCUGCUCCCCCCUCAGGAGGAGGUGAUCAAAGAGCAGGCCAAUCAGUUCAUGUCAGAGACAGUCCCUGUCCCCAUUACUAUGGAACCCACUUGGACACUGAACUGCCAUGGGCUGCAUCUGUGCAGGGGUUCUAGGUUAUCUCCAUGCAUGGUACUUGGUUGGAGUAUGAGUCUCUGGAAAGACCCCUGUGUUCAAAUUUUCUGGUUCUGUCGUGCUUAACUUCUUUAGGUGUACAGAUUUUAGUAUGAUUAUCCUAUAUUAUAUGUCUAAUAUCCACUUAUAAGUGAAUAUAUACCAUGUGUGUCUUUCUGCUUCUGGGAUACCUCACUCAGUUUUUUUUUUUUAAGUUAGGCAGUUAUUUAUGCUGAUGUGAAAUAACCCUGUGUGGACUUUUCUUUUUUUUAACCUAUUAUGUCGGCCCACCACAGCCAGCAAGCCUAAGUCUCCACAGGUCAAGGAUCUGCCAAAAGAUCUGCUUGAGGGUAACCAAGGCACUCCAGGCGUUUGAGUUCAAGAAUCGUGCAAACUAAGCACCUCUCAUUUUUAUUAUUAAAGCAAGCAAAACAGGAGAUGACAUUCACAGAGAGCUUUAGCACAAAAUGAAAGCACACCGAGGGAAUACACUGGAUAUUAUGUCUUACAUUCUCAGACCUCUGAAAAGAGCCAUGGAUAUUCCUUCAGGCCUUUCAUUUUCCCACGUGUACAUGCCGGUGCAUUCCCUUCAUACCCUGGCCUUUAUGUGCAUUCCCUUAUAACAGUUUAUGCGGUUCUUUCUAGCAGGCUACCUCGUGGAAAGACCAUCCUGUACUCUGAACCGCCCACAGUUCACAGCUUUCUGACGUGGGCUCCGACAUGUUAAACUCACUUCAGUCAAGCCUUAACUAAGACAACUCAUGAAUUCCAUAUUGGCAAAUCCAGAAGCCGAGUCUCACUCAGUCUUAGCAGCGGGGCCAGGCACCUUUUAUUGUCUCCUGUUAGAAAAACAUAAGAAUUCCACACUUCCACAACACGCUACCCUUCCUCCUUAGUGACUUACCAGCUUCAGGAGAUCCUUCUUCAUUGAAACCUCUCUCCAUAUUCUGGGGUUAAAGGUUAGCUCCCUAGUGGCUAAUCUUAUGUCCUUAUGAUCCCCGCCCUGGUGAGCUCAUCCAUCUUAGCUACAUGAAAUGGCACCUCUGCGCUGAUAGGUUUAAGCUGUGUUUCUAGUUUAGGCUCUACCUCCUAGCCCUGCCUCAGAAUACACACUUCAGCCAUUUUCCUGUGCAAAUCCAUUAGAUCGUCGAAUGGUUGAGCAAGUACAUGCUACAAGCAAAUGAACAGCUGCAAUGGCUUCUGUGUGCCUUCCCUUUGGCUGUUCACAGCACUGAGAAGAUUGUAGUUAGGGCUGGCACAUAAUAAAAUAAGUACCUCUUUCUGCUUUGGGUCUUAAAUGAAACCAGCUUUCUCUCUUUACAGCAAGGAGAGAGGAAUGAAGACCACAAAGAUGGCCUCAGUCGGCGCGGGAUGCUUUCCAGAGGCACUGAGCAGGCAGCAGCACAUCCGUACCCACAGGAACGGGAAAAAUAGUAUUCAGUUUUAGUGUGUAAAGCCCACCACACUUCCGAGAACCACAUAGCGACUUUAAUUGCUUAAAUAAAGCCAGGCACGGUGGUGCACGCCUGAAAUCCUAGCACCUGGGAGGUGGAGGCAGGAGAGUCAGAAGUUCAGGGUCAAUCUCAGCCACACCAUGACCUCUAGGUGAUUUUAACAGUCACAACUGCAAAUGGUUGUCAACUGACACAUUUAAAAAUAUGUUUUAAUUAGUUAUUUGAGAAUUCCAUGUACUACACAGUAUAUUUUGAUAAUAUUUACUCCCGACUCUUCCCCCUAAUCUUUCUCAAUGCCCUUCAUCUUUCUGUCUUCUUUUUGUUAUAGCACACGGCAUCUAAUUUGUGCUGACAGGUGUAGGACCAUCCAGUGGAGCAUGAUCAACCUAUCAGUAUUAUUAAAUUGUUCCCAGGACUGGAUGAUGGUUUUUGUUAGUUCGGCUACCCAGAGCAGAACCCAUCCACAUGUUUUCGCUGAUGAAUUGGUUCUGGGACAGGGCUGUCCUGCCACUCAAAUCCAGCCGCAUCAGUAUAGUUUUAUAUACCCUGUUUUUCAAUGUGGCAUCAGGACGAAGGUUAUCUCAGAGGAAACUGUUGGUUUUGAAACUGAGCUAUACUUUAUUCCAAGAUACAGUCAUUGUGAACCCGAGAUGAUCCAUUUGUACUGUUUUGCAUCUCGGAAGUCAGUGUGGCUUCAUGAAGACCCCAAAUUUGUUAAGCGUCACUCCAUGGCUGAUGUUGAAGUCCACCAGAAGAGUUGUGGUUAUUGAGUCAAUACCCUCUCUCCUCCCUGAAGAGAGGACAAGGACACUGCUGAGAUCAUAAAUUUUGCUCCCCAAAUGGCCUCCCGACUGGGGACCUCACAAGGUGGUACCUCAUCAGGCAGUCAUAUGAA